CGAUACCCCUUUCUUAUUUCACAUGUGCAUAAAAGGGAGCUGUCAUCUGACGUAAGCCGCAGUACCGAAUGUACUAAAUGCGAGAAAAAUAUUUCGCUUGACUUUAGCGGAGCGUAGCGUUGUUCAGAGCGUCAGCCCACCGGUGUUGUAACGCAGCUGGCAUGAUUAGAUUUCGCUGAAGUGCCCGCAGACAAGCUUCGAAAGCAGUCGAGGGCGUGCUGACGGUGCUCGCGUGCCCGUCAAAAUACGGUGAAAGUCUGAACGCGCUCAUCGCUUCGACGGCUUGGACACGUAUCAAAGCUUUAUCAUGGGAGAGCCGGUGCAUGCAGUGCAAUGCCCACCGCUGGUGAAGCUGGCUGAUGUUCACGAUCAAGACCACCGCGAGCGCUUAGAGCUGAUGCGCUCGAAAUACCGUGAAACAUUUGGCAAAGAUCCCGAGUUUUACGUCAGGGCGCCCGGACGGGUUAACCUGAUUGGCGAACACAUUGACUACUGUGGAUAUGCUGUUCUACCUAUGGCAGUCCAACAGGACAUUCUGCUGGCCUGCGGACACAACAACUCCACAUUGUUGCAGCUGGCCAAUGUCGACAGCCGUUACCCAAGCUACUCAGCACCCAUAGAUGGUCUCAAGAUCGAUGACGUCCAACCAUGCUGGCAUCAUUAUUUCAUGUGCGGAGUUAAAGCAGCUGUAGAAGAUGCAGGAGCCUGUGAUCUGGGUGUCUCUCCACCUGGCUUGGACGUCAUGGUUCACGGCACUGUCCCGCAGUCGGCCGGUUUGUCGAGCUCGAGUGCAUUGGUCUGCGCUGCUGCACUUGCUACACUACAGGCAAACAAGGCUGCUGUCGUACCAAAGGUGAAGCUGGCAUCACUGUGCGCUGCAUCUGAAAGGUAUAUUGGCACCCAAGGAGGUGGAAUGGACCAGGCCAUUGCAUUCCUUGCUGAACCAGGUACCGCUAAGCUCAUUGAGUUCAAUCCACUGAGAACCACGAGCAUAACUCUACCAGAGGGGGCAACAUUUGUAGUCGCCAACAGUCUUGUAGAAAUGAACAAGGCGGCAACAUCGGAUUUCAAUAUCCGUGUAGUGGAAUGCCACAUCGCUGCGCAGGUGAUUGCUAAAGCUCAAGGUCUUGAGAUGAGGAAACACCUGAAGCUCGGAGAGCUCCAGUCACUGCUCAGAGUUGCCUUGCACGAAAUGGGAACCUUGGCCAAGAGCAUUUUGCAUCCAGCCGCCUACACAAGGGAUGAGCUUUGUACCCUCUUUGGCAUGGACGACGCUCAGUUUGAGAGGUGCUUCCUUGGAAAAAAUACCAAACACCUGCAAGAGUUUAAGCUGCACCAGCGAGCAGUUCAUGUAUACGAAGAGGCAAACCGGGUAUGGCAGUUCAAGGACGUAUGCGAAGGGAGUCACGGAACCUUGUCACCGUCCGAGCAACUUUCCAAGCUUGGGCAACUGAUGAACGACAGUCACACAAGCUGCCGUGACCUCUACGAGUGUAGCCACCCGGACCUUGAUCUCCUGGUGGAGAUUUCACUGCGGGCCGGUGCUCUGGGUUCCCGCCUCACUGGCGCAGGGUGGGGAGGCUGUAGCAUUUCUCUGGUGCCUUCGGACAAGCUGGAUGCCUUCCUGAAGGAAGUUGGCACCAAGUUUUAUGGGAAGUUUGGUGACAGCGUGGCAAAAGAUACGGCCAUGUUUGUCACCAAGCCUGGCAGCGGCGCUGCCAUAUUUGUACCCUAGUCACACAUUCUGCAAUACCAAUGGUUGUGAGCUUGUCUGUGCUGAAUACUCUGGAAACUCAAAAGCUGGAAUUUUCUGGCUUGUGGGCACGACCAUUCCCCAUUCAGCUGAUAUGUGUAAGAAAAGCAAAUGAAAAAUCAAAAUGAACAAACAUCUGCCAUUUACUCUUCCCACCAUAACACAGUUGCUCAGGAAGAAAAGAAGAGAUUGUGAUGCUCUUUUGAGCCUACACCAGUCAUAUUCAUACUUUUUAUCCUGUCCCAGAAGCUGUGUUGCAUAGCAGCAUUAUUUUACCUUCUUAAUUUUGUUGUAGCAAAUAAACAAAAUGCUAGUCUGGUGCACUUCCAUUUACCUGGCCAUUGCUUCAGUCAAGAAAAUAGCCAACUUUUACAAGUACUGUCUAUACACAUGCAAUGAGGUUUUUAAGCUGCACAUUGGGUGCUUUGUACAAGUAAACAGGGCAAUGCAGCUACAUUGCAUGCAGAUGUACUACAUUCCAAAGCACCAUCUUGUUAUCAGCAACAAGCCUUUUUUACCAAUAAAGCUGAUUGCAUUUCUG